GGCGCCGGGGGGGAGCACGAGGGCGGCCCCAUCGCACCCCGCACCCGCGGUGACCGCUCGGCUGGGUGUCCCGUCCCGUCAGAAGCUCGCUGUCCCCGCAGGCGUCUCCGCGGAUGGACGGUGAGCCGCCAGCCGGGCCCCAGCCCCGCGGCCCCGCUGCCGGGCGGGGAGCGGAGCCGGGGGAUGGCGGCGGGCCGGCCGCAGGGCUUCCCAGCCCCGGCACCCGCAGCGACGCGCCCGCGGCCCCCGGGGACAGGCCCGUGGCCGUGUCGGUGGUCACCAACUCAGCCUUCGAGGGGGCCCCUCCACCCUACUCGCCGCCGGACCCCAAGAGCUUUCACCCCCUGUACCCGCCCUUCCCAGCCGGCUGCUCCCAGCAAGGGCCCGUCUUUUACCCGUCGGGGCCGGGACCGCGGCCCUUCCCAGCCCCGGGCUUCCCCGCCGGCCCGCUGCCCUACAGCCCGCACACCGCGCAGCCGGCCGCGGGGCCCUCACCCGCGGGCCGCGGGCGCCAGCGGCCCAAGGACUACACGGUGGAGUCGGUGCUGGUGACCCUCUUCUGCUGCGUGCUCACCGGGGUCAUGGCCCUCGUCUACUCCCACGAGACCCGGGCUGCGCUCGCCCGUGGGGACAUGGCCCAGGCGUACGUGGCAUCCCGAAAGGCGCAGUCACUGGUCCUCAUCAGCCUCCUCUUCGGGUUGUUCGCCUCCAUCAGCUGGAUCAUCUACGUCCUGGUGUCCCUGUACCUGUGACAAGGACCCUGGGCGUGUGCCAAGGACUCCAAGGCUCGCCGCCUGAGGGGGGUGUGUGGGGCACGGGCAGGUGAAGUGGCCACAGCUUUGUGUGGAAACGGGUGACAACGAAGAGUUUUUGGGGCUGUGGGGCAGCGUCCGUCCUUCCCGGCAGGGCGAGGAGCUGCCCUGGAGCCCUCAGCCAUCUGCUCAGCCCAGGGCAGGGAGAUGCUGCAUCCUGCUGGAUCCAGCUCUGGGCAGGGAGCUGUGUGGGAUCCAUGGGCAGGAUCGGGCUCUGCUGCAGGAUGCUGAAUCCCAUUGCUG